UGCGACGCCGUCAGGUCCCUCCCCCAGACAUUCUUGCCUCAAUCCGGGCAUUAAACCGCAUACGCCAAGCCACUUGUCAAUCACCCUUUAGAUUUAUAGCAUAAACCUCCGAGGCGGCGGACGACUACUGCCCUCGCAUCUUACAUUAGCAAAGCCCAUUGAAGACGCGGUUGAGCUCUGAGGUUCUGUAGCCGGAAACACAAGUUGGACUAUAUUUUAGCUCACCCGACCAAUCGCCCUUUCACAAGACAACAAAAAGUCUACCAAAGAACGAGCAACCAGAGCAAUGGUCAAGCCGGCCAACUUUCUCCCUCCCGAUCCGCGACCAUGGAAGGCCGAACCCGAGAGUCGUAAACAGCGAAAAGAGUUUGAGAAAGAGGCCGGUGGCUUCGACUGGGGACAAGCCCUUGCACUUGGCCUCAUCGGCGCCACCGUUGUCUUCGGCAUCGACAAGUCACUCCGACGGACGGAGGAGAAGUACUCGGAAGAACAACGGAGGGAAGAGAGACGGAGACAGCGACAGUCGCGGUCUCGCCCCCCGAGGAGCAGCCGGAGCCAGGCCGCUUGGGAUCGGGACCGGGACCGCGACCGGGACAGGGGCCUCGACAGAGACGACCGAAGCUUUCGGGACGACCAGAGCGACAGGGAAUACUAUGAUCGCGAUUGGGACGAGAGCGAGUACAAAUCGGUGAGAGAUUACGGGCCGCCGGAGAGCGAGGCUUCUGAGCCGAGGGUGCGAAUGAGGGAGGGAAGCGCAAGGGGCGAGCGGGAGUACGCACGCGCUGUUGACCCUUUCGAGAGGGAUUACGGGUAUGGCAGGCGGUACGAUGAGCAUAAACGCAGCCGGAGCAACCCAGCUUCGCGGUCGAGGGACUAUUGGUGAUGAUUGGAGAUCCGUCCGUUGGGCCUUUU